AUGGAUAUACCUUUACAAGAAAGAGAGAUUUGGGUUAAUCAAGAGGGUAUCCCUUUAGAUGAAAGAGAUUUUGACUCCGAUGAAUCUUCCUUUGCCUUGCCCGAUAGAAUUUUCAUAGUUACAACAGCUUCAACGCCAUUAGUUCAAGUUACAACACAACUUCCAGAUCAAUUGAACCAUGAUCAGUUAUUUCAGUUAAAUUGUUUCUUUUAUUUCACAGUUUUAGCAACCUUAAUUGGAAUUAUUAUGCAUUAUCAUUUUACUCGUGAUAAUGGUUCAAUGAAUAUUAUUUUGGCUGAUCAGGAAUAUCCUGAUCAGAGGUUCUUGAUCAUGGAAGAUGUAUUUAAUGAUGGUCCAGUUGAACAAGAUGAACCCGCAACUCCUAUAGAUCAAAUGCCUGGGGAAAAUAAAAGCAUCAUUAGGAUACUCACUCAACUACAUUUGCAAAGAUUUGCUUAUUAUGCUUCUCUUAUAUUGUUAUUUGGUUGGACCGUUUACUAUGGAAUAAGUGGUGUUGAAGAUGCUUAUACUAGACGUGUUUGUUUUUAUACCUUUUUAGCUUAUUGUUUUCAUACUAUGGGUAUUUGUAUAGUUGCUCACGGAACUCUUAUUCAGGAUCCUGACAUUAAAAGUCCUUUGAGUGGUUCUUGUUUGGGAUCAUUAGCUAUUUUAUCUGGUUUGGUCUGUGUUUAUUGUCGUUUGGUUUUGAAUUUACUUGAUGAAUAG